ACAACAACACAGUUCACUAUUAACUGCUCGAUUCUGCUGGUUAAACCCGACUGAUUCGAUUAGCAGUUAUUUCGGAUCAGCUCAUUCACACACAAUCCUGAUUGUUUCAUCCAUCAAAAGAGCCGUUGAUCUACACAAGACUGCGUGAAUCAGUGAUAGAUCCGAAGGACAACAAUCAGACCGUGUUGUUGUUGCAUCAGUAGAAAGCUUCUGUACUCUCUCCAGCAUCACAGGAUGGCUGAUGUCAGCGCAGAAUGCAACAUUAAGGUGUUGUGUCGAUUCCGACCCCUGAAUCAGUCUGAAAUUCUUCGUGGGGACAGAUUUAUUCCCACAUUUCAGGGAGAUGACACUGUCAUCAUUGGGGGCAAGCCGUAUGUCUUUGACAGAGUUUUCCCCACCAACAUCACACAAGAGCAGGUGUACAACACCUGUGCCAAACAGAUUGUCAAAGAUGUUCUGGAUGGAUACAACGGCACCAUCUUUGCAUACGGACAGACGUCUUCUGGAAAAACGUACACUAUGGAGGGAAAACUUCAUGAUUGUAACGGCAGGGGAAUUAUUCCUCGGAUUGCUGAAGACAUCUUUAACCACAUUUACACCAUGGAUGAAAACUUGGAGUUCCACAUUAAGGUUUCCUACUUUGAAAUCUACAUGGACAAAAUUCGUGACCUUCUUGAUGUGAGUAAGACAAACUUGUCUGUGCAUGAAGACAAGAACAGAGUUCCGUAUGUGAAGGGUUGUACGGAGCGUUUUGUCUCCAGUCCAGAAGAAGUGAUGGAUCUUAUUGACGAGGGGAAAGCAAACCGCCACGUCGCUGUAACAAAUAUGAACGAGCACAGCUCGAGGAGUCACAGUAUCUUCCUCAUCAACAUCAAACAAGAACACGUGGAGACCGAACAGAAACUCUGUGGGAAACUUUACCUUGUGGAUCUGGCCGGAAGUGAGAAGGUGAGUAAGACAGGUGCAGAGGGAGCCGUCCUGGAUGAAGCCAAGAACAUCAAUAAAUCUCUCUCCGCUCUGGGGAACGUUAUAUCAGCGCUGGCUGAAGGAACUAAGACUCACGUACCGUACAGAGACAGUAAAAUGACCAGGAUCCUGCAGGAUUCUUUGGGAGGAAACUGUAGAACCACCAUGUUCAUCUGCUGCUCUCCUGCAGCCUUCAAUGAUGCUGAGACCAAAUCAACACUCAUGUUUGGACAACGUGCAAAGACGAUAAAGAACACAGCGUCAGUAAAUCUGGAGCUGACAGCAGAACAAUGGAAGAGAAAAUAUGAGAAAGAGAAAGAGAAGAACAAGAACCUGAAGGAGAGCAUGCAGCGACUGGAGGCGGAGCUUAACCGCUGGCAUAACGGUGAAUCGGUGUUUACUGUCGAAUCUGAUGUCAUUGAUGAUGCGGCUUUAGACAGUCAGAACAACAGAGACACAAAUCUACCGUGUGCCAAACUCACCGAGGAAGACAAGCUCAAAUAUGAGGAAGAGAUACGCAAACUCUAUAAACAACUCGAUGACAAGGAUGAUGAGAUUAAUCUACAGUGUCAGUUAGUUGAAAGACUGAAGAAGCAAAUGCUGGACCAAGAAGAGCUGCAAGCAUCAUCGCGUGGUGACGGUGAGCGUAUGCAAUGCGAGUUGAGCCGUCUGCAGUCGGAGAGUGACAGUGCAAAGGCCGAGGUGAAAGAAGUUCUACAGGCUCUUGAGGAACUCGCUCUGAACUACGACCAGAAGAGCCAAGAAGUCCAAGACAAGACCAUCCACAACAGACAGCUCGCUGAGGAACUGUCUCACAAAACCUCGGAUCUGAUGUGUUUGGAGGCAGAGUUUUCCCGGCUUCAGGAAGUGAGCAGCCAGCAGAGGAAACGCAUCACUGAGGUGUUAAACACCCUCAUGAAGGAUCUAAAUGACUUCAGCUUCAUACUGGGAAACGGUGAAAUCAGACUGCUGUGUGAUCUGUCGGGUGUGUUAGAAGAGGAGUACGCAGUGGUGUGUGUGUAUGUGAGUAAGGUGAAGUCUGAGCUGAAGUCAGUGGUGAAACGCUGCAGAUAUCUGGAGAGUUUACAGUCAGACUCUCAACGCAAGAUGGAGGAGACGGGACGAGAACUGUCGAGCUGUCAACUGCUCAUAUUACAGCAUGAGGCAAAGAUCCGCUCUCUGACGGAGUACAUGCAGAACAUGGAACUAAAGAAGAGACAGUUGGAGGAGAAUUACGACAGUCUGAGUGAAGAACUUGCCAAACUACAGACUGCAGAGAGCGGUCCAGAUAAUCAACAGGACUCUGAUGAGUCUGGAAGUGUGAAGUCUCACAAACCUCCAGAGCAGAAAUCCGACGCUCAUCGUGAACCACAACACAAGCAGCUUGGACAUCUGCGUGACAGCAUCAACCACAAACAGAAGAUCAUCGAUGAGCUCACGGAUGAGAAUCAGCGGUUGAGUUUAGAGCUGGAGCAGAUGAGUGUUGAGUUUACAGCUCUGAAGGAUCUAGAACAUGAGAAAACUGUACAACUUGAGGAGCUCAGAUAUCUCAAUGAACGUCAUGAACAGGCCAAACAGGACAUGAAGGGACUGGAAGAAACAGUCGCACGAGAGCUCCAGACCCUCCACAACUUGAGGAAGCUGUUCGUUCAAGACCUCACAACACGAGUUAAAUGGAGUUCUGAGUUGGAGCCUGAUGACAGUGGGGGGAGUUCAACUCAGAAACAGAAGAUUUCCUUUCUUGAAAACAACCUGGAACAGCUUACGAAAGUUCACAAACAGUUGGUUCGUGAUAAUGCAGAUUUGCGCUGUGAACUUCCGAAGCUGGAGAAACGUCUCCGUUCUACGGCUGAGCGUGUUCGGGCGUUGGAGGACGCACUGAGAGAUGCUAAAGAAGGAGCCAUGAACGACCGUCGGCGAUACCAGCAGGAAGUGGAGCGCAUCAAAGACGUCAUGAGGGCCAAAAACCCAUUCAGACGACCUCAUGCGGCUCUCAUUGCCAAACCGAUUCGUCCAGGACAUUACCCCACCUCUUUAUCUGUCAAUCACAUGUUCAUGCGCUCCAGUGAUCAGCCAAUCACAUUCAGCAAUGUGAUGUUCAACAGCGCCAGUCAAACGCCCAAAUCAGCUCCAGUGAAAACCAACUUCAGUCAAACCAGCAAAGCAUCAAAGGAUGAAACACAGAUCACAGUGAACUCCACUCACAAACUGAACAUCACCAAUGGAAACACCACUGACAUAUAUGAUAACAGCAUGUCACUCAGCGGUGAUUCUACGUCCAUCACUGACGACCUAUCGGACGAACUCCAUCACAAACACAUUCUACAAGAAAAGCCUGCCGCAAGCUAAUCACGUACACAAACAGGUGGUUCAUACUUCCAUACUGAUUUCUAAUCUGUAUAUUUACAUGCUGCCUGCAGACACAGUUACUAUGAAAAGUGAAUAAGACAGGAGCUUUUAAGGCUCGGGUAAACAUUUACAUUUUUUAAAGUCCAGAAACUUUUAUUUCCAGAUUUAAAUGCUUUGUGCACACUGCAGUAUGAUGUAUAUCAGUGAUGGACUCAUUUCCCUCAUAUUAAGAGAUUGUAUUGCAGUGGCAUAAUGAGCAGAAAUGGAAGUUCAUAUGAGAUUUGACGCACUUAAUCCGAUGAAAACAAACCAUUUUGUGAUGUUAGUGAUUGUCAACAUCUUGUGAUCGCAAAGAUUGUCAUGAUGAAAUUCUCUAGCUAUUUUUAUGUAGUUGUAACUAUUUUUAUACUCAUAUUUAAAUGAGAGCGUAGCGUCAUGCUGGUCAGUGUGUUUGGUGUGCGCAGAUUUGUAUGCAUUAUUUAUCUCUGUAGCGGUACUGUUGUAUAAUGUAAUCAUAUUUUAUUAUUUAAACGAAUAAUAACACACUCUCUAUAGAGAAGGUAGAGCAAUAUAAUAUUAUAAAAUUAAAAAUUACUCAAAGUGUGAGAAGUUGAAUGAAUUAAUUCAGUGGUAAAGAGAUUAAAUAUGUAUUAAAAAAAUAGAUGGGAAAAGAGGAUAAAAGUCCAUUCCAAGUAGACUGGAUUUAUUUUAAACACAUCAAAAGCAAGUUUGAGUUUGAGAAAACACAUUCACACACACAUUCUCUGAAAAUCUGUGUGUGUGUGUUUAUGGUCUGACCUUUGAUUUCUUUACACACCCUGAUCUGUCAGUUUGGAUGAGAGGAACCAGUCAGAUGGUAAGAAAAAUUGUUUUUUUGGAAACACUGGUGCUGAAGGUAUUCAUAAUGUACUAUAAUGCACUUUAUAAUACACCGUAGAAUCUGAUAGAGUGGAGAAUAUAAUAGACAGUGAUCUGCUGUCAUAAUACAAUAUAAUGCGUAAUGCAUUAAAACACACGCUUCAUGUGUUAUUUCAUGUGUAUACAGUGGCGGCCAAAAGUUUGGAAUAAUGUACAGAUUUUGCUGUUUCGGAAGGAAAUUGGUACUUUAAUUCACCAAAGUGGCAUUCAACUGAUCACAAAGUAUAGUCAGAACAUUACUGAUGUAAAAAACAACACCAUCACUAUUUGAAAAAAGUCAUUUUUGAUCAAAUCUAGACAGCAGCCAUCACUCCAACACCUUAUCCUUGAGUAAUCAUGCUAAAUUGAUCAUUUGAUACUAGAAAAUCACUUGCCAUUAUAUCAAACACAGCUGAAAGAUAUUUGGUUCAUUAAAUGAAGUUUAACAUUGUCUUUGUGUUUGUUUUUGAGUUGCCACAGUAUGCAAUAGACUGGCAUGUCUUAAGGUCAAUAUUAGGUCAAAAAUGGCAAAAAAGAAACAGCAUUCUCUAGAAACUCGUCAAUCAAUCAUUGUUUUGAGGAAUGAAGUCUAUACAAUGCUUGAAA